UCAGAAAACGUGGUGAACUGAGUGGAUGGCUUUAUUUUGAUCCGUUUUCGGGGCGAUUUUUCCUCUUUUCUUCUGGAUUUUUCGCACAAAAGUGACACGCAAGGAUGUCGCGAAUCAUCUCGCGCACAGAUAUGGAAGUUUGCGGUGACUGUGGAGCGUCAGAUCCUGCCUGGGCGUCCAUAAACAAGGGGAUUCUGCUCUGCGGUGAGUGCUGCUCCAUCCACCGCAGUCUGGGACGUCACAUCUCGCAGGUGAAGAGCCUGCGGCAGGGCAAGUGGUCGCCGUCGGUGCUGAAUCUCGUGAAUUCACUGAACAGCCAUGGGGCGAACAGCGUCUGGGAGCAUUUGCUGAUUGACUCGGCGGCCCAGAAGCAUGGCUACAAGAAGCCCUCGCCAAAGGAUCCCCUGCACUCCGUCAAGGCGGACUUCAUUCGUGCCAAACACGUCCAGGCGGCCUUCGUGCUGCGCCCAAACUUUGUGGACGGAAACGUGAAGAACAUCGAGAGUGAGCUGAAUAAGCAACUUCAUGCCUCAGUGCGAGCGCCAAAUCUCGAGACAUCCCUGAGACUCCUCGUCCAGGGCGCGGAUCCCAACUACUUCCACGAGGAGAAGGGCUCGACGCCACUGCAUGUAGCCGCAAAGUUUGGCCAACUCUCCCAAGUGGAGCUGCUCAUCAUCUACGGAGCGGAAAUCAAGGCGCUCGACAUCGGCGGUCACACGGCAGUCGAUCUGGCGCGGGCUGAGAAGCACACGCAGAUCGUGAACCGACUGGUGGAGGCGAUGUACGAGGUGACGGACAGAAUCUGCAAUUUUCUCUGCAACCGCAAACCCGAUCACGCGGCCGGGCAGCACAUUAUCAUACCGGAUCAGACGCAGGGUGAGAUCUUCGAGCAGCUGAAGAUCGCGCGCGGGAAGCUGUUUCUCAUACCCAACAAGAUGUUCGAGGAGCUGGUGAUGGAUUUGUACGACGAGGUGGAUCGACGCGAGAAUGAGGCCAUCUGGGCCACGAGUUCGCUCAAUCCCGACUCGGGAGCCGUGCCAUUUCUGCCCACGAAUCCCCACUUGAGCGCCACGCGGAAUCAGGGACGGCAGAAGCUGGCGCGCUUCAGUCCCACGGAGUUCGCGGGCUUCCUCACGGAUGUGCUGAUCGAUGCCAAAAGGCGGCAGAACAUGGCCAAUCUGCGGCCGCUGACCAAUGCUGUCGCCGGCGCCCCGCCGAGCGACAGAAAGCUCACCAUCUCCGAUGCAAAUCUGUCCGAUGACGAGCCUCUGUAUGACGCCGUGGCCUCCGACGAUGACUACGCGGCUCUGGCUCCGAUGGGACAGCAGGUCUUCGGCAGUCCAAUGAACAACUCCACGCUCACCAAUCCGGAGAUUGACGUGCUGAAGAAGCAAUUGACGGAGUCAGAGACCACAAUCAGUGAGCUCAAGUCUCUGGUGCAGAAGCUCUCGACGGAGAAUUCGGAGCUGAAGUCGAGGUGUGAUCCGUGGACAGAAACUGAUUUAAAAAUGCGCUCUGAUUCGAUGUCCAAUGAUGGGCGAAUGGAGGAGAAGACGGUGAAUGAGUUGAAGCAGAACUUCCCAAAGCGUCCCGUGAGCAUGUUUGAGCCGCGGGAGAACAACAACUACAGCCGGAUAAAUGCGACUGGAGACAACAAUCGCACGGCCACUUCGAUGUAUCACAUGACGAGGCUCAAUCAGUCGGACUCCACGAUCUUUCCCACGUCAGACGAGGUGAUUUGCCGCACUGACGCCAUCACGAGGCGCAUUCAGGAUCUCGUGGGCGCCAUGCAGGAUCUCACCAAGAAGAAUGCCUUCGUGCCGUGCGCUGAACGCAUCCACGCCGCCGUCACGGAUCUCGUGGUUAUUUUCCCAACGACGUUGGACAAUGAGGCGAUUAAGACGUCCCUGUCUGAGCUCACGGGCAACAUUGAGGAGAUGCAAAUCUUCUGUCAGUGCCUUCAGGAUUCGGUCGUCACGGAGAAUCACGAGGCUGUGGACAAGUAUCUGCAGGACGUGCGUGCGUGUGCAUUUAAUCUGGCGAAAGCCACGAAAAUGCUCGUGACUGAGUUUCAGUUGCAGUAAUUUUGCAU